UAAGUUGAAAAAUAAUUCAAUUGGAAUUUUGUUGCUCUGCAACCAAAAAAUUUCUGUGCUAUUGUUUAUUCUAAUAUUGUCUAAUCUGUGUAUGUGAGGUAAGGCCUCAGCUGAAUUUCUUUUUGACGCAGAACCAGAAAGAUUAUUGCGUGCAAGACAACGAAAAGCUAGGCUGGAACUUUUAGAAGCAACCCCCAUUGGUUCUGAGUCUGAAAAACAAGAAGCUGCUUCAGUUCAUUCGGAAGACUCCGAAGCCGUUUCUGAACCAAUGGCUGAAGCUCCACCUCCCAUGGAAAGACUUCUGGGUGACUAUGGAGGUGUAAAUGCUCCUACUGGAAGGUUAAUAAUUGUGAACCAACCGGUAAAUGUUGAUCAUUUUCAGCAACACCCUUCAACGAUUCGUCAACUCGAAAGGAGACUGUUCUUCAGAAAAAUCAAUGAAGAUGCCAACAAGCAUUUACAAAGGUUUAUAACCAUGACGACAUCGUUGAAAAUUGAGGGGCACUCAGAGGAAGCUAAAAAGUUGGUGAUGUUUCUGUUUACACUAUCGGAAGAUGCCAAAGAGUGGUUUUACUCUUUACCCGCGGGAAGCAUAACAGCUUGGCAACAAAUGGAGACAACAUUUUUGAAUGAGUACUUCCCUGCUUCUGUGUAUAUCCGCAAGAGAUAUGAUAUUGUUAAUUUCAAACAUAAGGAAGGAGAGUCACUCAGAGACGCUUACAAGAGGUUUAAGCGAUUGUUGGUUGCAUGUCCUACUCAUAACAUGGAUGCAACUGAACAGAUGCAAAAUUUUGUGAAUGGCCUUAGAAUGAAGACUAAGCAACUCAUAUACACAGUUGCCGGUGGCUCAACAAAUUUUACAACAGCCACUGGAAUAAAGAAAAUCAUUGAAGCCAUUGCAGCAAAUGAGCAUCUGGAGCUCUAUGACCACAGUGUAAGUCAACCUGAAGGUAUCAUUGAUCUCAAGCUAGCAAAUCAAGUUGUGAAGAUGGAAGAUCAAAUAACAGCUGAAGUAGAGAGAAGAAUCAAGAAAAUGACUCUUGACACUCAAACGGUGGCACAAGUUCAACCGGUUCAACCUAUUCAAGCAGUUAGUUGUGAAAUUUGUGGGGGACCUCACUUCGCCAUGCAUUGUGUGGAAACUGCACAGCAUGUAAAAGAGAUUAGUUUUCUGAAGCAGAAUAAUCCUUACUCCAAUACGUAUAAUCCUGGAUGGAAAAAUCAUCCAAAUUUUUCCUAGAAGGACCAGCAAGGAAAUGCUCAGAAGCAAGCGCCCACCCAAUAUCAAAGCCAACCACAACAACAACAACCUUACCAGCAGCAGUUUCACCAAUCCCAACAACAAUUUCAACAACAGGUUCCAAGAAAAGCAGAUUGAGAAAUUGCCAUUGAAAAAAUGGCGGCUCAAAGUUCACAAUUUCAAGAGGAGACUAGAGGUAAUUUGAGAAACACUGGUGCUUCAAUAAAAAUCUGAAAGUGCAAAUGAGUCAGAUUGCUCAACAACUCGCGGGUUCGCAAACACCGGGUGCAUUACCGAGUGCUAUAGUUACAAAUCCAUGAGAGUAUAAUAAUAUGAGUGUUGUAACCACAAGGAGUGGUAAAUCGAAAGAAGUCCCUGAGAAAGAUGAUGACCAAGAAGACCAAUUGCUUGAAGUUGAGUUGGAAAUAAAAGAAAAUGAGGUUGUUAGUGAAGAGGCGAUGGUACCUAAACUGGUGGUUAAAGAAAAAGUUAGUGAAUCAAAGUCGGUUGUCAAACUCCCUUUCCCCACAAGAAAUAAGAAGAAAGAGCAACAUGAGAAGAACUUCGAGAAAUUCUUGGAGAUGCUCAAAAAGCUUGAGAUUAACAUUCCAUUCUUGGAGGCACUUGAGCAAAUGCCCUCUUAUGCUAAAUUUAUGAAGGAUAUUAUUUCAAAAAAAAAGGAGCACUGACACUGACUCUAUUGUACUAACCGAAACUUGUAGUGCAAUUUUGUAGGGUAUGAAGAUUCCAGUGAAGAAGAAAGAUCGAGGCUCGGUAACUAUCCCUUGCACUAUCAGGGAUAGAUCUUUUAAAAAGGCCCUUAUAGACUUGGGGGCAAGUGUGAGUCUCAUGCCGUUAUCCAUUUACAAGAGGUUGGGGAUUGGAAAAGUGCAAGAUACCAGAAAGACACUUCAAUUUGCUGACCACUUUGUGAAGAGACCUUAUGGAGUGGUGGAAGAUGUUCUUGUGAAGAUUGAUAAGUUUGUAUUUCCGGUGGACUUUGUCAUCUUAGAAAUGCCGGAAGAUGAAGAGAUACCACUCAUUCUUGGUAGACCAUUUUUGGAGACCGGAAGAUGUUUGAUAGAUAUAGAAGAGGGCACCAUGACUCUAAAAGUUUACGACGAAGAGUUAAAAAUUGAUGUGUGUAACACCAUGAAAUACAAAGAUGAUGUGGCCACCCGUCAACACAUAGAGGUGAUUGAUCAAAUGGUUCUGAAAGAAAAUCCUUUAGGUGAACAAAAAUUUCCCUUGGAGAGAGUUCUAAGUCUAUCAAUUUUUGACGACACUCAAGAAGUUGAUGAAAAGGAGAGGGACGUGUUAACCAUGAUGGCAACACAACCAUCCUUUAAGGGAUCCCGAUCACUCCGAUGGGAAAACUAGAGGGAACCCCAGAUUGAGGAAAAGAAAGAUGAGACCAAGAAAGUGGCUGAGCUGAAACAAUUGCCUAAAAAUCUCAAGUAUGUUUUUCUAGAUCCUGAAAGGUUCAAAAUGGGAGUUAUCCCGAGUAUCGAUCUCGAGGACUGCGUAAUGAGUAUCAAUCUUUAUAAUAAUUCUAUUGAACAAAAGAUCAUAGGGGGUUUGAUGAUUGUUUUCAAAAAUAAUAAGAACGAGAAACAAUUAUAUAAAGCCUAUAAAAACUGUUAACCGAUAUGAGAAAGCAUGCUAGGGCCAGAUGUGUGAAUUGCUUUGUAAUACACUUCUUCCAUAUUAUAUAACGUCUACGUUGUAAUUAUUCAAAACUGAUUCUCAAGAAUUGUUUUCUCUAAUUCCUUAGCCGAAAACCAUUAACAGUCAAUUUCAAUCCUAAUUCCUUAGUUAUUCAAAUUGACGUUACGAAAUAUGUAAUUGAUCAAGAAUUAACGACUACUACAGUUUGAUCCUUAUUCCUAAGUGAUUAAACCGAAGUAUUAUUAUACAACAAGCGAUAAGGCGGUUUGUCCGACCUAAACCUUAACCAGAGAUCAAAAUUUCAUUUGUCCAAUAAAAUAAAGCAUUAAGAACAUUGUAUAAUAAUUUAAAUAAAGAAAACAUCGAUGAUCAUAAAAACAUAGAAAAAGUAUUCAUACAGUAGCAAUUCAGGAACACCCCCUAGCAUUGGGGGGUUUAGCUUCUCAUAAUAUUCAAAGACAGUAAAUUACAAAGUAGAGACAUUACAAUUUUUUGUUGAUGAAGGUUGAUCUUCAAUCUCUUCCGAUCUUGAAGAUCUCUUCUCCUCUAAACACCUUGCAAGCUUGCUUCUCCUUUCUUCUACGAUCAAAAAAGUCCUCUCUCUAUACCAAAAUCCAGACUAAAUAGUUUCCAAUCAACUAAAAAUAUCGCGAAAUACCCAGACUGCCUUCCGGACGUACACAGGGGUCAACACACUAAAAAUCAGCACACGGGGCAAAUUGGCCAACACGGGUCGUGUCAGGUGACUCGACCGCCCGUGUUGGCUCUCUGUAAAUCUCAAAUCUUCAGCCCUUGCUGACACGGGCAACCGUCUCAUCCCCCUGGAUUCUUGAUUCCAACAUCUCUCUUCUGCACAUGCUGACACGGGCCGUGUCAGCUGACAGGGAUCGUGUCAACUGACAGGGGCCGUGUCAGCUGACAGGGGCACCCGUGUCAGCCCCCUGUUCUUGUCUUUUUUUCGCUUUGCAUGAUGUCCUUGACUUCCGUUCUUUCGGUACGCAUCUUUCGGGCUUAUUGUUGGACCUGGAAACCAAACAGUGUUACACAGAAACGCAUAAAACGCGACAAAAAGAGAUGAACUACUAAUGUAACAUAAACAAGCAGAAAUUUAUAAAAUGCGAUAAACUUAAGAAAUCAACUAAAAUAAAGAACAAAAUGUUACUGAUUCUUGAAGAUUCAUGCUGGAUGGAUGAUGAAAACUAAGUGCAAAUGGUGACCGAUCAAUGUGUCAACCAUGCAAGCUUCUAAGAAGUGACAUGUUCAGCAUGCAAGAGAGAGGACAGCCACAUGUCAGACAUGCAGACACACACUCCAAAUGAACUGGCACCCCCACUCAUUCCUUGCACAUGGGCGCCAAUUCAAGUGGAGACACCUUGUCAAAACAUGCAUUCAGACCUCGAAACCAAGGAAUCAGACCUAGGUCUUGCAUGCAUGUCCCUAUGGAGGCGCCAAUUUGAAUGGCGACCCCUCUUAAAGGUUGUACAUGGUCGCCAAUUCAAGUGGAGACACCAUGCAAGUACAAUUUUUCAUGCUCCCAUCCAUUUGCCUAUAAAUACAUCGACUCCAUCAACAUUUCUUCCACGCCAUCACUCUCACUACUUCUUCUAUAAUACUUCUUCUACAAUUUUAUCUGCAACAACUUCUUGUAGUUUCAUCUACACCAACCCCCCGGCAAAAUGUCUAUCCUCACAAUGGGCGAAUCACAUAGAGGAACGGUUGCAAACAUCGUAACAUAUGUAAGUUUUUUCUUUUGUUAACUUUUUAUCUUUCAUCUUCACCAACCCCUUUUUAUUUUAACAUACCAACUUAGUCAAGUUUUUUGUUCUUUCUUUUAUAUGAUGUAUCAAGGUUCCGAACUCGGGUCCACGAAUAUGUCCAUAUGGACCCAAUGAUUCACCCUAUGUUGAACUCGUCGGUUUUGGUCAUAUAAGCAAGAUUUUGUCUUGGUCCAUAGAUAACAAAUUCAUUCUAGCUUUAUGCGAAAGAUGGAGACCAGAGACACACACAUUUUGGUUCCCAACCGGUGAGUGUACCGUGACGUUAGAAGACGUCUACAUGCUUUUGGGACUACACAUUGAAGGUAAGACUGUUAAUGGUAAAACCAACUAUGCGAAUUCAAUUUGCAUGGAUCUCUUGGAGACUGAUUUGUUAGAUGAUAACGCAAGAGGUCAAGGUAUACUACUUUCACGCCUUAAGUCGUACUAUAAUAGUUUAUACUUAGAUGAGCAUUCUACCGAAGAUGCUCGAAUAAUAAAAACUAGGUGUUACAUUAUGUUGUUAAUUGGCUCGUUUUUAUUUCCUGAAGGUAGUGGUUCUAGCAUGCAUAUUAUGUAUUUACCUUUACUUAGACAUGUACACUGAAUAGGAAGUUACAGUUGGGGAUCUGCUUGUCUAGCCUAUCUCUAUAGCUCCUUGUGCAAAAACUCACACAAAGGCACAUCUACAUUUUCUGGAUGUGCUGUUUUGCUACAAGCAUGGGGUUGGUCAAGACUACCGUCCCUAGCACCCGUCAACAACAACCCUUUCACAUUUUCGUAUGCACAAAAAUGGUUUGCACGUGGUAUGAGUUACAACAGAUGUCCAAGACACUGUAUUACUCAGUAUCGCAACCUGUUGGAUCACCUUCGACCGACAAACUUUAUUUGGCGUCCAUACCUUAAUUUGGAUCAUGACCAUCAAGUCAACGCUGAAGACGCGGCCGUAUGGACUGCAUGCACACCGAUAACACGGUUCACAACUGUGGAGAUGCACAACAAUGAUCAUGUGAAGCUGUAGUUCGGUAUGCCCCAAAAUAUCCCAGAUCCCCCAGCUAGCCUAGGAGAAUGGCAUCUGCGCAAAGUUAACGACCAAUGGAACUUCAAUCCAUGGCAAAGCUUCGCAAGAUCGGAGUGUCGCAAAUGGAAGCAUCGUCAUGACCAUGUGUUAACUGACGCAGUCAUGCCAACUGAAGAAAAACCAAGUCCUACUUAUAUGGCUUGGUACAGAUCGAUUGGUUUUCAGUUCAUCGCCGAGGAUAUGUACUUGUACGACCCACGCCAGAUGACUUACACACCUGACACCUCAACAUCAAACCCCCAACAAUAGUGUCAGACCGGAUACACACAACCCCCUAUCCAUCAAACGUUUCGUUCAACCAACACACAAACAUACAACCAAAACAUUCCAUACACCCAACCCCAAUACCAAGAGCAUACCCCAUACCACCACCAACAAAUUGACCAUCAACCUGAGACUCAACAUCGCUUUGCACCCACCCCAUCACCCUACCAAAGCCAGAACACCCAACGAUCAUUCAACACCAACCGCCCCUCCUCCUACCGUAGCCAAGAAGCUCAAACCUCACAAAACCAAAACAUCCAACAACCCUAUCUCUACCAAACACCCCCAACAACCUUUCCUCGACGCAUCGUUCACACCCAUGUCUCCCUUCAACCGUCCCAGUCGCCCAUCAAUGAGUCAACCACAUUCCAACUUCUCUGGCAUGGGUCAUGAGCUCAGCUACGGCGGUACCCCAUUGAUGCAUACUGAAGACUAUGCCGACUUGUCUGACUACCUCAACAGACCUUCUCCUGUAGUUGGUAGUGACGCUCCUAGCCCCUCAGAUGCUCAAACACCGGUACCGAAUCAUCAACGUGGAUUAGGGUCACGGGUUAGGGUAGCUAGAGGAUGUGGGACCGGAGGUCGGUUAGGUGAUCCCGGUCAUCACCAUUAGGUUUCUUUGUGUAAACGGAAAAUUUUAUUAAUAUCAAUUGGUCCUAUAUCAAAUUUA